AUGGACUGGACUAGUCGGCUAGGUUUCCAAAAAUCAGAAGCGCUUCAUUGUAUUUUUGGCCAACUGCGCUUUAUCGAUGUUGAGAAAUAUUCGCAACGCAACAAUUUAUCAAGCACUUAUUUUGUCGACUUGGCUUUGAAACACGUACCUGGACCAUCGAUUUUCAAAAUUAUCUUUUGGUAUUCCAAACUGGACUACCUUUUAAAACUAGAGAAUAAGACUAGUUUACCCAACGAGGUACUUGACAGAAUCCAUCGUCAAAGUAUUCAGUGGUCCUACAUCAAUUCCAACCUUUCAGUCCAUCAAUCAAAACCUCGAUCCAAUAUAUCCGAGACUGUCCAUAGGUCCCCGCAUUGCUUGCUGUUUAGCAACAAUGAACUGAGCAGACGUUGUGAACCAGCCUUGACUUCUCACCACCAGGAACUAGCUUUACAUGAGCGCGAUGAAUUCACUGGCUGUAUCGAUAGUAUGAAUGGUGAAAAGCAUGACCAGCCAACACAUCCAUCUAGUUUACAAGACCAUCCUGCUUCAUCCCAUAUUAACGCUCUUCUUCUUCCAGAGAUAAUUUCUAAAGUAUUGUGCUAUCUUGAGCCACGCAGUUUGUCGACUGCUGCGCGUGUUUGUCGGUGUUGGUCAUAUUUGGCCACCCCAAGUCUGUAUCAGUGUGUUCAACUAACCAACAAACAAGGCUUGAAAGGAGCAUGGUUGUGUCAUAAUCUCCGCCGAGUUCUUGACCCAUCGCUGCGGCACCAUAAUACGUCGUGGGCAUGGACUGUCAUGCGGUUUGCAGUUUGUGCUGUCAAAUAUUAUGCUACAACUGGUCAGUGUUUUGGCAUGUCAGUGAUGAUGGGUCAGAUGUGGGAAGAUGUAUUGCAAGCUUUUGGUGGCAUUUUGAGUAGAUGUGGGAUAUGCAAUAUCAAAUUAUUGCCCUUGACCAAAAAACCAUUUCAGUUCUGUCAUGUCGAAUCCAAGUACAUUGAUCAAACUGGGCUGGAAUUGUCGAUAUGCCCACAAUCAAAUACCUCUUCAGCAUACAAGCUUUGUGCAUUUUCACCCAAUCAAUCAAGGGGGUCUCGCAUUCCAUUAGAGUUGCCUCAACUCUAUCCUAUUUCUCUGGAAAAGUUGAAAUCCGUCGUUCCAUUAGACGCCAGCUCCAAAAUUCCUCUGGCUAGUCUGCUCAAAUAUUUCAUUGCGUCAUCCCAUGUACCCAUAACCAGAUUCUGGUCAUUUCCGCAUACUGGAAAUCUAUCUCAGCUUAUUACAAGUAUCAACUUUACAAAAAUACAUGUAUAUUCCACAGACUUGAUUCAGAUCUUACGCCGUCUGCAUAAUAUUACUCACUUGACUGUAUCAGACUGUCCGCAGGCGACCAACAAAGUCAUUUGCAUGGCAAUUGAAGCAAGCGGGCCGAAUCUCGUUUACAUUGCCUUGCGCAAACUUCCGCUCAUUACUUAUGAACCCAUCUAUGAUAUUUCCAACACGUGUUCAAAUCUUCAAUAUUUUGAUGCAUCAGGAUGUACCAAUGUGAGUGUUGAUUGCUGCAUACGUGUUGUUCGCAACUGUCCUCAUCUGUGUAGCAUCUCGGUAUCUCGUGUCGACUGUGUUCCAUUGAUAUCUGAUCCUUCUCGACGCGAUAGAACAUCUACUUGGGUUUACCAUUCUACAAUGUUUCUCAACUGGGUAGCGCUGUGUUGUGCUGAGAGAUUAGUGCAUAUCAAUAUUUCUGGAUGUACAUUGGCUGAAGACCAGAUCCAAAUUUUAUACUCAUCCACUAGUACAUAUCUACAGAGUAUGGUAUUGGGGUAUGAUUUGAUUUCGCAGCAAAAUCUGGAUUGGGUUGUGCAUUUUCUGAAUCGAAUAACCGCACAGCAAGUCAAGGGAUAUAUGGUGAUGAAUCAGUGUACACUUCGAACUUGUUUACAAAACGAUCAAUUUAUUACAUUCCAGGCACCCAAAAUUCAUGAUUUGAUAAAGACGUAUACUUGGAAUCACUUGGUUCCUUGGGAUCAAGAAACUCUUUGCAGUCUUGAGAAGAUUCGACUAGCACAAAUUCAUUUUCCAACCUAUCCAUUUCCCAAAAUAAUACUACCGCCUGUUAUUAGCACACUUUCUGCUGGCCUUCCAGUCGUAUAUGCACAUAUAUAUAUUCAUACGGGGCUGCAAAAAAUAAACGUGCGGGAUCUACCAUAUGAUAAGUUACCAGCAAAUGCUCAGAUAUUUAUUUUAAAAUGA